CCCUCACUCAAUCAUCCAAUCCUUCAUAAUGUUUAGAUAUCUAGCCUUAUACGAAGCCCAACUGAAGGCCUUACUAUCCUCUUACGGAAUCUCCCUCCCUAGAAUCUAUUCUUACCUCAAACAACCCCACGCCCGAGAAACAAUCUGUGCAUUUGCAGCCCGUGACGAUCGAGCCCAUGACGGUCAAGCCCAACCCGCCCCUGGCUGGGAUCGCUUUAUAUGGCAGCAUUGCGCAAAUAAAGGUCAAGCCUUCGUGCGCAUGUUCUCGUUAGCCCCCGGCGAGCUCCAAGCCUUCCUCGACAUCACCUUCCCGUACAAAUUCAUCCGCGCCAUCAGCCCCUGGACCGACCCCCGUGCGCUGGACACCUGGAACUGGGUCCAGGACAAUGAUGCCACCGCAAUUUAUGACAAUGGGGCUUUCUCCGACAUUUUCACAGACAUUCUAGGCGCAAAUAUCAGUGAUAACGUGCUGAUCCGCAUGGCCAAUGACCUGCCUCAGUUUGUCAAUGGGGGAAUAGGCGCAUUUUUCAGCAACCUCUAUAACACCAAACAUGGAAUCAUCAUCGCAGAUAAUCUGGUUAGCCCGGAGAGUAUAAGCAAAACAACGCAUAUCAGUCCGCUCAUUCCGCUCAGGCACUGGUCUGACGUCACCUUCUUGGUCUGGAAACGACUCACCGCGCAAGCGGGCGUGGCCGUCAACUCCAUCCGCCAUAUCUUCCACUCCACGAUCUCAAAUUCGGACACUAGAGACAUAAUCAAACAGGUUCUGGCGAGGACGGGGAGGCCGCUGGGGGUGUGGGAUCGACCGGUGACAUUUGCCAUGGAUAGUGAAGAAGGAAGGGCCAUUUUGGGAACGCCGAACGGGAGCACGGUAGGCUUUUUCCUGGCGCAGCAUAAGGAGGAGCUAGGUCGCAGGAGGAAGGUGAUCAGUGUCACGUUGUUUGCGGAGUUUGUACACGGGUAUGAGGGUGUGAUUUUGGCGCAGAAUGAGAGCUUGUAUUUUACUUUGAAUGCCCCGGAAGGAGGUUGAUGUGUGGGUUUUGUUUGGCGUUGUUCUGGUGCUUCAAGCUUUGAAUAGGAAUCAAUGAUAACUGCAGGUACUCUCUAAACUCAAUGGUCUCAAUAAACUACGAAACUAAGGCCAGGACCGAGGGAUGCCGUUGAAGUAUAUGGUGCAGUCGUAA